AAUCUGUCAACUGUCAGACAUUAUAUAACCUAUUUCUUACGUCAAAUAUUGCUUUAAAAAAAUAUAUUUAUUGUUAAAUAAUUAACAAUACUUUAAAACAUGUCCGGAGCCAUAAAAAGAACGACCGGUUUAACGGGUCUCACAGUGGCAAAAAAUCCACAUCAAACCCUAGGUACUCUGUACGGUAAAAUUCUAAGGACUCUGCAGAAGAUGCCCGAAUCUGCAGCUUACAGAAAACAUACCGAGGCCAUAAUUAAGGAACGUUCCGAUAUACUAAAAUCCACUCCUUCCAUAGAAGAAGCCGAGAAGAAAAUAAAUUGCGGCCAAAUCGAAGAGGUCAUUGUUCAGGCCGAGAACGAACUGAGCUUGGCUCGAAGAAUGAUCACUUGGAAGCCCUGGGAGCCGCUUAUUAAAACAGCACCUCCGACUCAAUGGAACUGGCCCCCAGCACAGCAAGUCCCUCAACGUUAAGUAAUUUAUUGCGGGGUUUAGAUAUUAUAAAUUAGUUUUCUUCACAGUUGUAUGUAAAUAAUAAAAAUGUAUGAUAUUUAU